AUGCUCUCCGGCAUCAUAAUAUUCAACCAGAAGGGCGAAACCCUCAUCUUUCGAGGUUUCCGACAGGACUGCCGCCCCCGCCUCGCCGACAUCUUUCGCAUCCAGGUCAUCUCCAAUGCCCACGUCCGCUCGCCCAUCCUCACCCUCGGCUCCACCACAUUCAGCCAUGUCAAGCACGAGAACAUCUACAUCGCCGCCGUUACGAAGAGCAAUGCCAAUGCCGCGCUCGUCUUCGAGUUCCUGUACCGGUUUGUCAGCUUGGGGAAGAGCUACUUCACCAAGCUCGACGAGGAGGCUGUGAAGAAUAACUUCGUGCUGGUGUACGAGCUGCUCGAUGAGAUUGUGGAUUUCGGAUAUCCGCAGAACACCGAGACCGAGACGUUGAAGAUGUACAUCACCACCGAAGGCGUGAAAUCCGAGCGGACCAUGCAGGACACCAGCAAGAUCACCAUGCAAGCCACCGGCGCCUUGUCAUGGCGCCGAUCCGACAUCAAGUACCGCAAAAACGAAGCCUUCGUCGACGUCAUCGAGGAUGUCAACCUCUUGGUCUCCGCCACCGGCAUGACCCUCCGCGCCGACGUCAGCGGCCAGAUCAUCAUGCGCGCCUACCUCUCCGGCACCCCCGAGUGCAAAUUCGGCCUCAACGACCGCCUCACCCUCGGCGAAGACACCAUCGACGGCCCCACCGGCAACAAAGCCGGCACCAAAGCCACGCGCGCCGCCGCCGGCACCGUCAACCUCGAGGACUGCCAGUUCCACCAGUGCGUCAAGCUCGGCAAGUUCGACACCGACCGCAUCAUCUCGUUCGUGCCACCCGAUGGCGAGUUCGAGUUGAUGCGCUACCGCGCGACCGAGAACAUCAACCUGCCGUUCAAGGUGCACGCCAUCGUCAACGAGGUCAACAAGACUAAGGUCGAGUACAGCAUCGCAAUUCGCGCGAACUAUGGGAGCAAGCUGUUCGCGACGAAUGUCGUGGUGCGGAUUCCGACGCCACUGAAUACCGCGGACGUGACCCCCCGCACGAGUCAGGGGAAGGCGAAGUAUGAGCCGGAGCAGAAUAACAUCGUGUGGAAGAUCGCGAGGUUUACGGGGCAGAGUGAAUACGUGCUAAGCGCCGACGCAACGUUAACGAGCAUGACGAACCAAAAGGCGUGGAGUCGGCCGCCGUUGAAUUUGAGUUUCAGCUUGUUGAUGUUUACGAGCUCAGGGCUGUUGGUGCGGUAUUUGAAGGUGUUUGAGAAAAGUAGUUAUAGCAGUGUGAAGUGGGUGCGGUAUAUGACGAGGGCGGGAAAUUAUGAGAUACGAUUCUAA